AGAUUUCAAAAGUCAAGUCCUUGUAUAUUUUAAAGUUUAAAUUAUAUGGAUGCAUAGUUGUAAUCAUAGCAUAAUUGUAGUAGUAUAUUAAUAUGCCAUGAGAAGAGAGAGAAAGAGAGAGAAUCAUGGAAAGGGAGAAGAAAAGGAAACGAGCGGUGGCUGGAGCAAGAGAGCCGGAGCCGGAGCCGGAGCCGCCGGUGGAGGAGGCUGAGGCUUCUCCGCCGCCGACGGAGGAAGAGGUGGAGGAAUUCUUCGCCAUACUCAGAAGGAUGAGAGUCGCCGUCAAGUACUUUGAGAAGGAAGCUUCUACCAAUACUAAAAGCAGCGAGCCGCAGAGCUCUACGGCGGCAGACGGUGACGGAAAGAGUGUGGUGGCGAGACUUGGAUUGGAUCUCAACGCCGUGCCGGAGGUGGAAAGUAAUUUGAUUUAAGACUUUUCUAAGUAUUAUCUAAGUUUAAUAAUUAAGCAUAAUGUUUACUUAAAAAUAAUUAUGUGUACAGCUUUGCAAUCGAUGUGUGGCAUCUGAAUACUUACGACUUUUAUAUUUUGAAAACUUGUUAGCGACA